CCCGGUACUCAUGAAUAGAAAUAGUCUUUAUCUCUGAAGACGCUAUUUAAUCGAAACCCAUCGCGCGCGCUUGGCGCAUAGUUGAUCAGACCCCGGAUGUAAACAAGACCAUCAACAAUAACAACACAUCACAACAUAACAACAACACCCCGCCUUCUAGCCCCGGAGAUCGGUGGUCUUCACCUUCGACACUCUCCUACGCCAGGUGUAUCAUUAUGAUCGUUCUAUAUGUUUGCAGUCUCUAACAUAUCAUUGACCACGAGUACUGAGGGCGGUCAAUCGGCAUGACCGCGAGGGAGAUUGAUGCGGAGAUGUCCUACGUCCAGGUGCACCUGGAUAGCGAUCCCCACCAAGCGGACCGCCAGCUGCAACAAGCCGUCCACUCGACUUACAGACGCUCCAACGGCUACCCCUCCCAUUCUCGCAAGCACUCGCGCAGCUCUGCUGCAGACUCGGACUGGCCGUCGGACGAAUCCGGCCGCUUCGACGACGCGGAGGAAUAUGAUCCAGACGAGCAACCUCUCAACUCGCCAUCUGCGCACUCAUCCAAGCGGCGCCGUUCAAACGAUUGGCCGCUCCAACCCGGCGAAGAGAAUCCUCCGUCAAAGGACAAUGGAAAUCACCGCUGGCCGUUCAAGAAUUCGAGUUACGGCUCGCCUCGUCGAAAUGGACGUCAGGGAGGCGGUGGGGAUAAAUCGAGCCGGGGCCGACCGUCUCGCUUCAUCGAGGCGCACAUGAAUGACAGCGUGAGCGAAAAGCCGCCUAGUAUCUUCAUACGCGGGGACGCGGGCGCGUCCGGGCAGAAUGAUAACGGUGCAGGUCAGAGGUCGUCUGGUAUCUUUCGGUUUGGGAGGGCGAUUGCAUCGGCGUUCAAUCCGUUUGGGGUGUGGGGGAAUGUGUCUGAUAUCUGGCGCGGCUCGCAGUCCGAGAACAGGCCGGAAGGCGAUGCCAGGGCGCAGGCGGAGAAGGCCUAUGCGGAGCUGAAGAAGGCAGGCUACAAGGGGACUGUCAAGGGAAGCUAUAUGCAGGGCGUUCAGACGAGUGGUCCUAUUGCGGAGCAACAUUCUCGUAGAGCGAGUCAGGCGCAGUGGGACGGCAGCAAGACUUUGGGGCGUCACUCGAGACAGAAUUCCACGGAAGGAUACGGAUCUGGAAGCUCGAUUCGGAGUUCGUUGCAGGAACUACGCAAGGCCAAGUCGUCGCUAGGGAUUCCUUAUAUCAAGCGAGGAUCUGAGGACUUGGAGCGUCCCGAAGUGCGCAAAUCGCGAUCCCGCAAGGAGCUCCAGAAGCAAACCAAGUUGUUGAAGCGGGUCAGUGAUCUCGAGGGGAAGCUUGAACGCGCGAGGCGCGAGUUGCGCGAAUUGACGGGCGAGGAGGAGGAGGAGGAGGAGCCGGUAAGGACACUCUGCCAGGAGAGACCCUAUCAUCGACCGUUCGUGCCCGGAGCCCUCCCAACGCUACCUUCGGAGCGAUUCUACGAAAAUGAUGCCACAACAGUGCCUGAUUCGCAAGCAGUCGAGCUAGCGGCUUUGUCUGAGACGUCUGGGAAUGUCCAACGUGUGGCUGAGAGCCAGGGAAACGGAUUGGCGACGGUGGAAAGCCCAUUCCUCAAGAGAAAGUCGCCGGAUCCAAAGUCAGUCCGUGACAAGGUCCAUCAGAUGACUAAAGAUUCUCCUAACAAGGAGUCUCAGUAUGAAGAACCCGCCCGUUUCCAUGAAACCAACACACCGCGAAAGGCGACCAAAAUGGGAAAGAGUGACAGUCCUGGAUCUGUCGAGCGAAAGCGGACGCAGGAUAAAUCCCAGCCAGAAGAUCACGAAUAUCGAGGAAGAAACCAACAUCAGCCCCGGCGACGCUCAAACACACGCUCGCCCUCCACCCAUAGACGAAGAUCAACCUCGCGGAGUCGACCGACGCCCUGUCUCCGAAUGAAGCAACGACGCUCAGAUCUGCGCUCCGCCAGCUCCAGUGCCAGUGAGAACCAUCUGAAUGAGGUCGAGAAGCAACCGAACGGCGAGAACGAGCCUCAACAGGAGCCGUACCUGGACUAUCCGAUCAUAGAUCUGAGGGAACUGGACGACAUGACCGGCGCUCCCACUCCAACGUCCACCCCCAGCCGCGGUUAUUUGCACGAGCGUAUCCCGCCUGUGCCUCCACUCCCGAAGAACCUAGCUGCCACCGCUGCAAAGGUGGAUAGACGGCUAGCCAAAGAGCUCUGGAAGAUGAAGAACGCACAGAUGCAGAACUCGGGCCAGACGCAACCUAAGGAAGAGGACUUUCGAUGGCCCGAGGAUAUUUUCUGAUGCCUCACUGCAACUGAUAAGAUAUUGAUGUAACGAAUCAUGACGAUAUGACUACGACAGAUGACAGCAACUUGGCUAUCCAGCUUGGCCUGGACUGAGUGUUUACAAUAAAAUCAAAAAAGAGAAAAAAAGUUGCAAAAUGAGAAAUCCUGGUUGACUUGCUCCGAGAUCCCAGGUAUUGGAGGGGAUCCAAAUGGUACACCACGACAGGCUGCCUUGAGUUCCGCUGGUGCAGGACAAGGAGUCGGUCAAUGUCUUUCCUUUGUGAUGUAACUGAUGUUUUGAAUACGG